AGUGUACUCUCUUCUCUCUUUCUGUACCAGAGUACUCACAGUAAAAGGGCAGCAGCACAGAAAAGCAUCAAGUGCAAUGUUGGGACAAUCAAUCAGCACAGGUUAUAAACAAACAUGGCGACCUCUGUAUUGAUCCGUUGCUUGGUCCUCUUCGCUGGAUUGGCUGUGGCCAGUGCCGAAGCCCAAGAGGCUUCUACCGUCAACGCUGCUGCAGCCAUCAACAGCAGUGGUACCCAGUUCCCGCCUACCGGUAUACCAGUAUUAGCUGUUAAUACUAGCAGCAUCCCUGCUAGGGAGGAUCCCAGUCUAGCAGGACAACAUUUUCGAAUCACUGCAGUAGAAUACUCUGGAUAUGUGGACAUCAACGAGGAUCCCAGCACUGGAAAACUCAAAUAUUCUGGCUAUCUGAUUGACAUUCUCGAGGAAUUGGCAAAACCUCACAGGGCCAACUUCACCUAUGAAUUGACUCCACCCAGUGGCUUCGGGUCUCUUUGCAAGCCUAGAUUGACGUUGAAUGAAACCUAUCCAACCAUAUCAGACCACCCAGAGGCUUAUCACCCAAGGUACCAUGGACAAUUUCUAUGUGGUGAAUCCGAAGUCAAUGAUCGUCCAUUGACGCAAUACUCGACAGAUAUGUAUUGGGGAAUCUACUACAUAACUCCAGCACGCCUCAAGGUCAACAAAUUCACCAUUCCCUAUGCGCCACCUGACAGGGCAACCACGGGGAUGAUGGGAACAGCCACUCAUAUCCGCAGCAUUCAUGAUCUGGUAGCUUCCAACAACAAGUAUGCCGUCUGUUCCUUCAGUGGAACUGCCUUUUUUGAGCUAUUACUCCUCACAUUCCCUCAACUGGAUAUUCAUGGAAUAGCCUUGACUGAUGACUUCCAUGCUGUGAUGGAUGAUGGCACUUGUGAAAUCGUCAUUGGUUCAUUUCCAAUCCUAAAACAAAGGGUGCUCAAGCUAUACAACGACAAUAAAUGCUUAGCCAAUGGAAAGCCCAUUGGAGUCAUUGGAGAGCCAUUAGAGUAUGGCCUUAAUGCUUUUGCUUUUGGGAUACGAAAUGAUCUCCCAGACUCUCUUGUGCGGACUCUAAACUUUUGGAUUCAAGCUCUCAUGGCAUGUUUUCCAGAAGACCCUUAUGGGUACUGCCCCAAUGGACAAGGGAGUACCAGCCAUCUCUACACCUUGCAUGGGGGUACAGGAAAGGAAUGUGGAUAUGUUCAGUUUCCAGAGCUUGAUCAGGGGGGCUUGCCUGUUGCUGCAAUUGUUGCCAUUGCACUUACCCCAGUCUUGCUGGUGGUGGCAGUUGGAAUGGUAUAUCACAUGCGCCAACUUAAGCAACAGGAAAGGCGCAUGAAAAAGAGAUUCAUCCAACAACUAGCUCGGAAUAUUGACAUUGGUGAGAGUGCCAGAGAAAUAUCAGCUCAAAAACUCUCAGAAGCCUUCCAGCACAUUGGUGGCCAAGAUGGUCUCAUCAGCAAGGAGGAUCUGGCAAAAUGGAUGAACGAUUUGCACUUGGACUUUCUAAGCGAGCAAGACUUUAACAGGCUUUGGGAUGCCAUGGACAUGGAUGGGACUGGCUAUGUGGACCCGAUUGACUUCUUUGCUUUCCUGAAUGCUUGUGGAGAAGAAUUCAAAGAAGUAAACCAGGAAUGGGAUGCUCUACCAAAAUCAGAAAAGAUGAAGCUGGCAAUGCUUCGGUUGUCCAAUAUCAAGGAAAAGGGAGAAGAGGAAGUACAGAAAAUGCAGCGUCGGCAUAACAAGCGAAGUCGCAUGCAGAUGCCUGGUUUGGCAAAAGGAAACCCCCUAGGAACAUCUGGAGCUGAUACAUCAUUCUUUUCGGAAAUGUCUCAGUUAUAAUGGGGGACGUGGGGAGGCAAAAACGAUCGUAAUGCAUGUGCGUAUUGAUAGUUGGGCGCUUCAUACAUAUCUGAUGUGCCCACAUGAAAACAACUUAGUUUCCCGUCGACGCUUAGCCAGCUUCAAGGGGUCCUGUGGCAUGGUUCGAUAGCACACAAUACCCGUUCGACCUGUUCGAGAAAAUGGCAUCAUUUUCGCCUCCUCCGCUUGGUAACUGGUUUCACAGAGACACAUUGCACAACCUGACGGACGGCUUCCUUGGAAACGACGACUUCCAAUCCUAUAAAUUGAACUACUUUGAACAAGUCACAUGCCAAGUUCACGGGU